AUGGUGGCAAUAUCGGAGCUGUUGCAGAGCUGUCUCCGCCAGUUUCUCGCAUUAAUCAACUCAGACACGCUUGCCGACCACACUGAGGAGGUUCCACUGCAAGAAUGGAGGGACGAACUGGGUCGACUUCGCGUGUGGGCAGCAAAUAUCGGUGCUCAUCAGACCCAUCAAUCGUCGCUAGAUUACCGUCUCAGGGAUGCUUCGCAUAUCAAGAGUCAGAUAGUGAGGCUCUUAGAGCAGUUCCAGGAACUACUCACUGACCUCAAGGAUGUGCUCGAAGAGAGCAGCAAUGAUGAAGCCCAAGACCAUCAGUUUGAAGAUUUGGGGGAUUCAGAAAGUGAGAACUCCACCACAGAGAUCCAAGAGAUUCACCAAACACUUGUUGAAACGAUCGACCAACUUUACCAGUUGUCCAUGAUCAUACGCAAACCAGCACAGCAUGAUCGAUUGGUCGGAACAAAAAAACUGGAUUCCGAGCCCUUCCAAUUCUGGGCUAAGCAGCAUACCUCCAGCAAAUACCCCAAUGCUGAUACGCUUGCUGUCGAUCGUAUCAGUUCCGCAAUGGCGCGACAAAGGGCGAUCUUGAAAUACCGUGAACGGCAUCACGCGAAAUUAAGUCAGGGUAUCAAUUCCGAGAGUGAUGGCAAAUCGACCAUACUGUCAGAAACGGUGGUGACAGAUGUGUUUAAGGAGAUACCUGGCCAAUUUAGCGACAUGGCCUCCGAAGCUGGCGUGUCUGAAACUUCAUACGGAGGCACCCUGCUCGAGGGCACUGGUUCAGAUGCCCCCAAAAUACCACCUAUACCAAAAAAGGGCACAGGAAAGAGACCCUUUGAAUGUCCGUAUUGCUUUUACAUUAUCACGGUUCGAGACAGGAGAGCAUGGGCGCGCCAUAUUUUCCGCGAUCUGAUGCCGUAUGUUUGCAUUUUCCCGGGAUGCUCAACGCCGAACAAGCUCUACGGGGGCCGUCGACAAUGGCAUCAUCAUGUUCAGCAAACACAUACUUCGGUAUCAAGCACGGAUGGUACAUACGACUGUUCUAUCUGCAAACAGAGCUCUCUUCCUACUGUCACGUUUCAGCGACACGUCGGUCAACACUUGGAAGAGCUUGCGCUCUUUUUACUACCACGAACAGAUGAAGACGAAGAUGAAAAUGAAAAUGGGGAAGGGGCGGAUGAGAAUCUGAGCAACAUAUCUUUGGACGACAAUUCAGUGGAGAGUGCCGAGCAGCGCCAUGAUAUGGACAAUGCAGCAACCCCAGGUUCCGACUCCAAUCAUAGUGAUCACAAUCCAUUAGGAGGGCCAAGCAAACAUUCCACAUCUUCAGUCGGAGCAAACCUCAGCCACAGAGAGUUCCCAGUAGACCUUGAAUCCAACGUGGAGGACAAGUCACCGCAGAUGAUGGGUCAUGGGCAAGGGAAUUUCGGGAUCAUGGGGGGUCCGAUUGAUCCUAAGACGAAGCGGAGACCGGGGGAUUUACCCAAGCCUGUUACAGAUAUUUUGCGGACUUGGUUCCAUGAGCAUCUUGAUCACCCCUAUCCCAGUGAGGAGGAUAAGCAGAUGUUUAUGACAAGUACGGGGCUUUCAAUUAGUCAGAUCAGCAACUGGUUUAUCAAUGCUCGGAGACGGCAGCUUCCUGCGCUGCAGAAUCAAAUGCACAGUGAUACUGAUGCAGACAUCCGGAAGAAAAACCAGGAUACCGAGGGUCUAGAACGAGAGCCGGAGGGGUACCAUGACAGGGCUUACACGCGCGACUAUGGUGGGUCGCAGCUACUACACAAUCCAGAGAAGUUGUUCGAAGAGUCGUCCGAAGAGGAGUUGUCCGAAGAUGAGACCAAUGAGCGGCUGCGUGAGCCGCAGCAAUUCGAUCGUGCGUAUCAAUCCGCGGAGGAGCCUAAGGUUACGGCGCGCUACCGGAUUCAGAGUCCUGCGUCGGAGGAGAGGGUUGCUGCUGAGGAAGAAGAGGAAGGGCAUGAACAGCUCAUCCAGGAGAUUAGAGAUCAGGACAUGCAAAGGAAAAGGGAGGCCGAAAAGGAUAUGAAGGAAGAUACCCUAAAGGAUGCUGCCGCUGAGGAGUGGAAGCUCGAACAGGAGCGCAUCAAGAAGAUGGAGACCGAGAGGGAAUUACAUGAGGGGCUGCGCAGCUUAGGCUAUACCGAUGAAGAAAUCGACCAAAUAAUCCACAAGAAGGAGAAGAAGGAACAGAAGAAGGAACAGAAAGAGGAGAAGAACAAGGAGCGUGAAGCGGAAGAGCCAAAGACAACUUGGAUCAAGUGCCACCGCAAGCACCUGCUGCCCGAUACCUUGAUAGCCUACAGUCUUCCCUGGGACUGGGACGAGGCCGACUCCAACUACAUCAUCAUCAAGAAAUGGAUUGAUGAAGAGUUCCAAGAAGAGCUCUUCGCCCACACACGCCGCAUACGCGAGUUCAAGGUCGCCGCCCAGACCUCCAGCUCAUCACCGAAAGCGCCUACUGUAAAGAAGGAGCGUCUGUAUCUCAGGCGGGAAAUAAGCCCUAGCGGUCGUGUAAGGAUGGUUCAAUGA